GUGUGUUACGUCACAGGACGUCAUUCAUGGACAGAAUACAGACCAUCGAAGGAUAAGUGUAUCGUCAUAAAAAUCACAAACCUUCUAAUCUGUGGGUGAUUUUCGAUCGGACCAAAAGGUCAAGAUGCCAAGACAAGAUGGGAGACUGUCUUGGGAUGAAUUAGUCAUCAUAAUUGCUGGCUUCAUCUGCCAGCAGUUUGAGGAUAUAUUCCUUAGACUACGCCUUCAUGCCCAUCAGCUGGUCCUCCAUCAUCUUCAUGGUGUCAACGAAGCCAGUCAGGAGAUCCAUCUGAGCAGAUCUCACAUGGUUCCUCAACAGUGCACAGACACUGAUGUGACAACGCCACUGUUCGACCGACUGAUGUGGCAGGAGCAUGCUGACCUGUUGAGGAGAACUCAUCUCCAGAUGCUGCAGGUUCCUCGGAUCCCGCUGCAGCAACAGCAAGGGUGUACGGUUUUCGACGGCUCCAUAACUUGGUCUCAGCACAAGAGAUGGCUACCCAAACAUCUCCGGAUCAAUUCGGGACCGUGGCUGAAGCACCAGCAGAAGUUACCUGCCCUAAAGCUGUGACGUCAGGAACUGCGCCAGCAGAGGAAUCACCGGCGCCAGCAGUCGUCAGCCCCAAUGCUGUUUCAUCUCAGACUGUGACAGCACCUGCAGCUGCAGCCGCAACGACUGCUGCCGGAAUCGCAGAGGUUCCUAGUGGACAAGCCUCAUCCACAAUGACACAGGGAGACUCUGGCUACAGCAGCAGUGGGAGGCAGGAUGGAGGUGGAGAUGGAGCUGUUUCACGUGAACCCUUGCCAUUUCGCCCCGGUGACACGAACAAUGCAGCCCCGAAGAACAGCUCAGACAGGAACCACGCCUCCAGCGGUGAUGGAACCACCGCCAACAACUCUGAUGAUGAAGGCAGAGAUGAUGAAGAGCAUGGAUGAUGCUGUUUAGUGAUUAGUAAUGCCUAAUAAGACUGAAAGCGUAGUCCCCAGGGGUGUGGAAAAUAACAAUUCUAGAUAACAGUCAAUCACUGAUGUGUCGAACUUUGAUGUGUCGAACUUACAGCUGUCUCAAUGUGAAAACUUGGUACUUUCGAAUUUCUUUCUUUUGUAUUUCUUAAGUAAUCGCUUUCCACUGACUCAUGCUAGACAACUGUUUUGGAACGAAACGUCACAUGAUAAUAUAAUAAAGCAGUUAUCAUCCAUAAAGUAUCUUACCUUUCUUAUAAUCAUUUUGCAGUUGUGUCAGACUGUGUUCAUACAUUGGUUUCUUCAACUUCGACACAUUGGUGUUUGACUGUAUAGCUUUGAAAACAGUCUAAGUAAACUUAGGCUCAGUA